AUGGAGGUUAAAUCUGUUGCCUUGGGCUUUUCUCGGUUUGUCGAAGGUUCUUUGCCGGUUACUUAUUUGGGAAUCCCUUUUGUCUCUGGAAAUCUCAAGGCUCGUGACAGUCAGCCUUUGAUCUCUCGAAUUUGUAACCGUAUUGAAGCAUGGACUUCCAAUUUCAUUAGCCAAGCUGGUAGACUACAGCUUAUUAACGCGAUUCUAUUUGCUAUUCACGGCUUCUGGGCAAGGUGUGUGUUCCUCCCCUCUAGUAUUAUCAAAUCUGUCCAGAGCAUUCUGGUUCGUUUCUUGUGGGCGUGGAACCUUUCUAGCAGAUGCAUGGUUAAAGUGGCUUGGAAGGAUUGUUGUUUUCCAAAGAUCGAAGGGGGCAUUGGCACUAAAAAAUUUUCGGUUUGGAACAAUGCUGCAAUUCUAUAUCAGUUUUGGAGAAUCAUUAACCGGGAUGACUCUCUUUGGAUUGAGUGGUUGUAUCACCACGAUUUAAAGCGCAAGGGGUUCUGGACUAUGCCUAUUGCGUAUAAAUGUUCGUGGUCUUUGCGUCGUAUUCUUUAA